AUGAACAGGGGCGAGGUGAAACUGGCCGAUUUCGGUCUAGCCCGACUCUACAAUGCCGAAGACAGACAGCGGCCGUACACGAACAAAGUGAUCACGCUGUGGUACAGACCCCCGGAGCUACUCCUCGGCGAGGAGAGGUACGGUCCCGCAAUCGACAUUUGGAGUUGCGGCUGUAUACUCGGGGAACUGUUCUUAAAGAAGCCCCUUUUCCAAGCUAACGCGGAACUCAUGCAGUUGGAGAGGAUAUCGAGGGUGUGCGGUACGCCUACGCCGGCGGUAUGGCCGUCGGUAAUCAAACUCCCCCUGUUCCACACCCUCAAACCGAACAAACUUCACAGGAGACGUUUGCGAGAAGAUUUCGUUUUCAUGCCUGCUUCAGCAUUAGAUUUACUAGAUAAAAUGUUGGAACUGGAUCCGGACAAGAGAAUUACAGCUGAGGACGCCUUAAAGUCUCCUUGGCUGAAAAAUAUUAAUCCGGAGCUAAUAUCGGCCCCCGAGCUGCCGACGUGGCAGGACUGCCACGAGCUGUGGAGCAAGAAACGGAAGCGGCAGAUCAGGGAGCACGCCGAGGCGAUGCAGAACCUCCCGCCGGGCAAGCCGUCCGUUCUAGGACGGGACAAGCCGUCGGGAAAACCGGACGACUCAAUGGAUGGCGGAGGGUGAGUGAUUUGAUGGUGCUGUGUUGCAACCCUGAGUUGUUAGUACUUUAAAUAAAUUACGAUUGUUCAUUGCCGCGACUGGUGACUUUUAGUGAUACGACGUGACGAGAGAUAGAGAGAGAAAGUCGGUUUUAUAGAUAUUUGCCUGCGGUAUUUAAGUGACACACAAGGACGUAACUGUUAGAGUGAUUUUAACCUUGCUAACAGCUCAGUAUGUAAAUGUCGUAGUGCAUCCCGGACUGAAACAAUUUUAUUAUGUUAUAUCGAUCAUUUUUUUUUUAUUUUACGGCUUAGUUUAUUUUUAUUUGAAUGUUCCCUAUAAUUUCUGUAUAUUGAUUUUAUGAUGUAACAUACGCCGUGGUGUUGUACGAGUGCAAACACGGCGGAAUGUUUCCAAAAAUGUUUAUAAAAAACUGUAUAAAAUUGUAUAAAAUGAUCGAAAAAAAAAAGAAAGGUGCUAAGUAACUAAUUUUAUUCGUAGACGUUUUUCGAGAAGGAAAUUGUAGAAAUAAUGGACCUUGUAAAUAACGUUGUUAAUAUUUAUAAAUACUUAAAGCAUAUUGAUGUUUUUCGCCUGUAUUCAGUGCCUUGCUUUGGUAAGACUUUUCAAAGAUAGGUGACGACUAGUUCUUUUUUAAAAUUAUCGUGACAGCACUAAUUCGUAGAAUCAAAUUAGUUAUGUUGUAUCAGGACGUGAAAUCAGUACACUAUUUAUUGUAAAUAAUAUAUAAGUUAUUAUAGGUAGCAAAUUAGUUGAUUUGUUUAUUGAUAUAUUUGUACAUAUGUUUAUUUUAUUUUGAAAUUAAAAUAAAUGGGAUUUAUUUAU